AUGGCUAACUUAAAGUGCCUGUAUCAGCAGGGUGGUGUUGUAGUGGAUAGUGUUCUGAGGGGACAUUUUAGAAACACUGUAAUAAUAACAGCUUUGUGUUUAGCUGUAUACGUGGAAUUUUAUCUUCUUCUGAUUUUAAAGCAUCAUCAUUGGUGGCCAGCUGAGGAGUCCCACGUGUAUCGUUAUACUCCACCGAAUUACAGAGCACCCAAAGAACUGAUCUUCAGAAACCAGUCUGAGUUGAUUUCGCUAGCUGAGUUCAGUCAGCAACAGCCUUCAUGUGGAAUAGUUCUACUUGCAACUCCUAGAGCAUCCAAAGGUCUUCCAGAGAUUUUACAGGAACAGACCUCCUUUAGCCAUCAGUACAAUGCCAGAGACUCUGCUAAUGAACCCAUCCGAGGAAAGCGACAUGGAGCUUUUGUGUGUACAGAGAUAAAACCAGCAAGGUCAACAGUUCCUAAGGGAACAGAAGUAUUCCUGAGUGCUAGAGGGUCAUGUCCACUAGAACAGCCAAAAACAGAGAAAGGAAACUCAGUGAAAAGCCGAAUGACCUCACCCAAUCUCUUCCUGCAGAAUUCCUAGGAGACAGUAGGCUCUGAAAAUCUCUUAUCAAAACCAGACGUCAAAGAAAUAGCCAAGGCAUACCCCAGAAUUCCUGUGAGACGACACAAAAGUUCAGGCAUUUCUCAGACAACUGAGGUGGAUGUUGGCUGCCCUGCUGGGGAGGAGCCCUUUACAUCCUACAACAAAAUGGUCUUUGGUAGAUGA